AUGCUUACCGCCAGGCCGAAUCGCUCCAAGGAUGAGUCGGGGGGGCAGCACUGGACACCGUACAAUUGCUCCGGGUGGCCCUAUGGCUACUACAGCACGCAGGGUAGGAGGCCGCACAUGGAGGAUCACUUUCAGGUGUCUGUGUUGAACACUGCCUUGCAUCAGGGCAUCAACUUCUUCGGGGUGUUCGACGGGCAUUCGGGAACUCGAUGUGCAGAAUUCCUCAAGAAGAAUCUUGUUGGAUAUCUUACAAAUUCGAUCAGGAAAGUGAACCUGCCACUUGAGCUGAAUUUGUUUGACAGCUGCUGCAGCAAUGUGGACUUUAACCAAGUGAACGAAUUCAGCAAAGCGAUUUCGAACAGCUACCUUGAAUGCGACCGAAAUUUUCUGGAGAUUGCUGUGAACAAUCGAUGGUUUGACGGGUCGACUGCAACAACGCCUCUCAACCAAACUGGUGCCAGGCAAUCCUUUACCAUCAAUCUGUUUAUGUUGCGAACGUUGGAGACUCGAGAACAAUACUUGCCCGUCUUGGCGAUUCCACUCUCCGACGAUCACAAACCGUCCAGACCCGAUGAACAAGAACGAAUCAUCGCAGCGGGAGGAUCGAUCAUCAAGAUCGGCGUACCACGUGUGGAUGGGCUUCUUGCUACCUCGAGAUCUUUUGGUGAUGGCAGCUUGAAGACUAGUAACAAGGCAGUGAUUGCUGACCCUGAGUACAUGAUCAUGGCGAGCGAUGGUGUGUGGGAUGUCGUCUCGAACAAGCAAGCGGUCGAAAUUGCCAUAAAACAUGAGGACCCACAGAAGGCUGUCGAGAAGAAACCGCUCAAGGGGGGAGUGCGUGAGGAAGACGACGAAGCGGACGUCUUUGAGUGCAAACGCCUUGUGGGAGAGAAGCCUUGCUAUGCCGGCUGGCUGUGGAAACGAAAGACAAAGAAGAAUGGCUUCCUCGACAACUUCACCACAGAGUGGCAGAAGCGAUGGAGCGAUUCGGUAGCUUAUGCCGGUGCUAAGGUCGUCCACUUCAUCCUCGCCUACUACACGGACGACUCGGAAGCCUCGAGGGCUAGCAUAGCCCCCCGCAAGCCGCUUUCACUGGAUCCAACCUACACGGCGAGGCGAGAGGCAGCCAACGACUCCAACGGUCGUUACUGUGUGUCAGUCCAGGAUGCCAAGUCGGGCAAAGUUUAUCUGCUGUCGGCGAUGAGCGAGAGCGAGAUCAACGGCUGGCUGGAUGCUCUCAACAAACUGUUCAAGGAUGCUCCCCAUCCUAUGAACAUGCGCUACUGA